UGACGAUACCUAGGUAGUUGAUGAAGCUGGCUACUAUUGAUUAGUUCCUAUUGUUGCGAGAUAGAGGCUAGUCACAUCUUCACCAUACUUCUAGAACCCUAUACAAUCGAAAGACUCCCUUCACUAUCCUCCAACCUUCUGACCCAUACAUUCAUUAUCGUCGCUCAACCCCGCCUCCGUCGAGCUAACAGUCUACUACAACGAGGCCAUCAUCAUGUCUGAAACCGCUUUCGCCCAAACAUUUCUGGCGUCGCUAGAGUCGCGGCCUGUCCGACUCUCUGCCGACCAUGUCGAAGACCCCAAGACUUACCCUGCUCGGCCACCUUACAUCAUCCCCCGCAUGCCCAAGGCCAUGAGCAAACCCAACAACCUCGCUCCCGGUUCCGAACGAAGCAUCACUGUGUCACUCAAGUCACUUCGCAACCCUCCUCUGAGCAUCAAGCUCACUUCUCAACCCCUAGACACCUCAAUCCUGGAUAUCAAGGCCAAUAUCGAGAAGCAGACAAGGAUACCCGCCGCUAAGACUAAGUUGCUGCACAACAAGAAGCCUAUCCCUGAUAGCAAGAUUCUUAAGGACCUACUAGGCGAGACAGAUAUGUCUAUUGAGUUUACGGUUAUGGUUAUCGGAGGUGCCGCUGCUAUUCCACCAGAAGAGCCUGAGGCCACCCCUGAGGCCCAACCCGUAGGCGCCCAAGCCUUACAGACGGAGGCCUUCUGGAGUGACCUGAAAGGAUUCUUGAUGCAACGACUAAAGGACGAAGCUGAGGCCGAACGUCUCUCUGAGCUUUUCAAAUCAAGUUGGGAGUCGAGUCAAGCAAAUCCAUAGAAGGUGACGAUGUUUAGAAGCAAUGAGAGCAUGACAGAGACACAUGAAUAGA